CAAAGGUCAGGACUGUCUUCAGCCUGAGUUGUCUUGGUUCCUCUGUGAUUUUCAGUGGCAAGCACUGUCUAUAACACUUAGGGAAGAGCAUGGCUUUUCAGGGUCCAGAUUUGUCCCUGUGGAGGGUAUGAGACUGGAUGUCUUUUAGCUCAACUGUUCAGAGGGGUUUGUAGCAGCACCCCAACUGCUCAAAACCCAGUUCAGUAUCCUCAGAGUGGACCCUCAGCGAUACCACUUCAGGAUCUUGCACAGAAGGUAACCAGAGUUUGGUUCAGACAGAGCUACUUCCUCCUAGAAACCACUUGGGAGUUCAGUUUUGAGUGAAAUUCUAUAACUGUGAGGUCAGAGGGAAGACAGCACUGAGUCCCUCCUAACACAAACCUUUGGAUGUUAUUCUUGCAGAAGCCUAUAAAGUAAAAUUUUCUGCAUCUGGCCUACAACAAAAAAGGAAGGAUGAAAUUGUUUGCAGAUAUCAGUUGGGGCCCAGAAAAAUCUAUGGAAAAAGACCCAUCUCUAUCAAUAAAGAAAAAUUAAUUUGCCCAGGACAUAUGUUUGACAAGGCUGGACAGGAGGUUUUCAUUGAUUACAGCCUGAACAAUGGUGUCAACUUUGUAGAUGAAGACUUGAAAAUUGCUGGCAAGGAUUGUGGGAAGAACAGGGUGGGUCUGCAAGAACCUCAGUGGAAGGGGGGGAAAGUGGAGGAACAUAAAACCUGGGAAGAGAAGGUUAAGCCUUCAGAACCCACUAUAGUAUCAACAGUGAUCACACUGCCUACAGUUAUCAUGAUAAGGACCAUAGUGCCUACUGUUGUCUUGACAACCACAGUACCUACUGUUGCCACAACGACAAGCACAGUACCUACCACUGUCACAACAAAAAGCACAGUACAUACCACUAUCACAAGGAUGACCACAGCGAGUACUUUUGUCCCAGAGGAAGAGACAACAGUUCCUGAGGUGGUCCCAGAAGAUGAGACUGCAUUUCCUGAAGUAGCCCCAGAAGAGGAGACCACGUUUCCUCAGGUGGUCCCAGAAGAGGAGACAUUUCCUCAGGUGGUCCCAGAAGAGGAGACAUUUCCUCAAGUGGUCCCAGAAGAUGAGACCACGUUUCCUCAGGUGGUCCCAGAAGAUGAGACCACGUUUCCUCAGGUGGUCCCAGAAGAUGAGACCACGUUUCCUCAGGUGGUCCCAGAAGAGGAGACCACAUUUCCUCAGGUGGCCCCAGAAGAGAAGGCAUUUCCUCAAGUGGUCCCAGAAGAUGAGACCAUAUUUCCUCAGGUGGUCCCAGAAGAUGAGACCACAUUUCCUGAGGUGUUCCCGGAAGAGGAGAAUACAUUUCCUCAGGUGGUUCCAGAAGAUGAGACCACAUUUCCUGAGGGGUUCCCAGAAGAGGAGACCACAUUUCCUCAAAGGUUCCCAGGAAAUGAGACCACAUUUCCUCAGGUGUUCCGAGAAAAUGAGGCCACAUUUCCAGAGGUGUCCCCAGAAGAUGAGACCACAUUUCCUGAGGUGAUCCCAGAAGAGGAGGCCACAUAUCCUGAGGUGUUCCCAGAAGAGGAGAUCAUAUUUCCCGAGGCGUUCCCAAAGACAGAGACCACAGUGCCCACUGCUGUCGCAGAGGAGACCACAGAGCCCACAGUUGUGCCAGAGGAGGAGACCACCUUGUCUAACAUUGUCCCAGAAGAGGAGACCACAGAGCCCACAGUUGUGCCAGAGGAGGAGACCACCUUGUCUAACAUUUCCCCGGAAGAGGAGACCAUGGUGCCCACCACUGUCACAGAGGAGACCACAGCACCCGCAGUUGUGCCAGAGGAGGAGACCACCUUGUCUAACAUUUCCCCGGAAGAGGAGACCACGGUGCCCACCACUAUCACAGAGACCACAGCACCCGCGGUUGUGCCAGAGGAGGAGACCACCAUGUCUAACAUUUCCCCAGAAGAGGAGACCACAGUGCCCACCACUGUCACAGAGGAGACCGCAACAUCCAUGGUUGUGCCAGAGGAGGAGACCACCAUACCAGAGUUUUUCCCAGAAGGGGAGAUAAUAAUACAUGGGACUGUCCCAGAGAAGAUUAGCUUAAUGCCCAAGGUUGUCAGCCGUAACCUGCUUUACAGUAAUCCUCUCUGGGUCCCUGUGCUCAUCUCAGCCUUGUUCCUGUCCCUGUUCCUGUCACUGCUUGUCUGCAUCUGCUGUCACAAGUGGAUCAUCAAGAAGCCAUCACCAGCCCAGAAACCAGAAAAGAAGCCAUGCCCCGAGCAGGGAUAUACCACAGUGAUUAUCCCUUGCUGUGAAUGCCAAGAAGACAGGAUGAGACAGAUGGAGGGAAAACUGGAUGUUUUUUAUAACUUUCUUCAGCGCUGCAGCCUGGUGCCAUUGAUGCAGUGUCCAACCAGGGACAUGGGAAGCUGCAUCAACUUCACCUUAAUGAAUCCCCACUGUGCACAAAUGCUCUGCGGAUCAAACAUCUGCCUUCAACCCAGCCAGGAGUGCUUCCCCCUCAAUAUCAACUGCCCAAAUCAUCAAUAUCCCCCACCCAUAUGCCCUCAGCCACCCUCCAGGAUGCUACCGCUAAUCCCUCCCACUGCCCGGAAGCUUUGCAGAAGUAGUAUGUCACUCCCACCUCCAUAACCCAACAUCUAAGCACCAAAGCCCAGCAUUGUUAAGAGCCCUUUGUGUACUAUAGUGGACAUAUAUAUUGUGUUUUGGUUUACAGUCAAAA